AUGGCUUCCUUUUUACCUUCGUUUUUUCAGAAGCGGUUGCUCCGAUAUGCUCUGUCGAGGCUGGAGCUGGUCGAUACCGAGGCCUUGGACUUGGAUAGUCUGGGCAUCCGUUGGGGACAGAGGAGUACGGUGGAACUACGGGAUAUUGGGUUGAGAUUAGAGAAACUAGCUAGCUUUUUACAUCUUCCUCCUUCGAGUGAGCUGCUCAGCGCUCGCGUCCGGUUCCUCAAAAUCACCGUCCCCGCCGAUAUCUAUAGCAGUGGUAUUGUUUGCGAAGCUAGCGGGAUUGAAGUACAUUUAAGAAUACUGUCGGAGGAAACAAAACCGUCAUAUCAUGAUCGGAAACUCUCGACGACCGCCCAGGAUGCUACUGAUGACCAAAUCCUUCCCACACCGACCGAUCUCGCCCAGUCGUUCUUGGAGACGGAGCCUAAGGAGGAGAAAGAUGAGUUACAGGCGGCUAUCUCGUCGCGGUCUCAGGUGCUCCAACAGCGGUCGUCAACAUCGUUAAGUGAUGAUGAGGAGGAGCUGGGGCUGGGGAAUGAGAGUCUGUCUUUGCCUAGCUUUGUUGCGGCUUUUCUGAAGGGGAUUGCAGAUCGACUGCAGGUCAGGGUCAAUGAUAUUGCUAUACGAGUUGAUAUGGAGUUGAAGCAGGAUGGGCCGGCUAAGAGACAACCUGAGGAGGAGCCGGACUUGGUGACUGCUGUGCUGAGUGUGCGGGAGGUCAAGGUGGAUGGGGUUUCGAUGACUUCAUCUGACGAUGCCUCCCAUGCUCGAACAGAAGGAAAGAGGGCGAUCUUGGUGUCUGAUAUCAACAUGAUUUUGGUAUCUGACCCUGUCAUUUUCUCAAACUAUUCUCGAUUUGCCGCUUCCCUCACCCCGGAUGAAAUGACGCAGUCAAAGUCGAGUCAGCUUCCCAGCAGAGCUCCCUCUCCUCCGCUUUCCGAAUCAUCGGGUAAUUCAAAUCUGGCCAUGACGCGGUCGACCAUCUUCGAAACACGGAACGAGUCGCAGGAGGAAGAACCGGAGCAGCCAGGAACACCAAGACCGACUGCACCGCAAAUGGAAGCAUCUACAUAUACCUACGAUGGUCGAUUUUCGGAUGCAGAUUCGGAGGGUGAUGGUAAAGGUGAUCGAUAUCUUCAAGACUUGCAGAACCUUGCGGAUGAUGGAAUAUUGGAUAAUCCAGAUUAUCUCGAUUCGGUUAUUAAUACUCAAUACGACGAUGAUGAUAUUGAAGGCGCAUCACGCCCAUGGCCGAGAGGAGAGCAACGGUAUACGGAUAGUGAGACUACUUCAUGCCCUCCAAGUCCGCAGCUACACUUCUCUGAAAGCAUGCCGCGGGAAUCUGAUUUAGGGGAACCGGGGACCGCAGCAGGAAUGUCCGCGAGCCACGAAUGGGCACCUGAUGCCCACGGCUCUGUGCAUGAUAGCCAGGCUGGUCUCGGAAUUACUGACAGUGCAGUACACCGCACGGGAUUUUCUGAGCUUCCUCAUCUCUCCGAUUCUUCGCUCACUGACGGAUACCCCGAGGAGCAGCCUCCAUCUCAUACUUCUUCACCCCCAUCUGAAGCUGGCAGCACAGGCUCACAUCCCAGCUCUUCCAAUGGAGACCUCUCAGAGUCCAAAUUUUUCAGCCAUGAAGAGGCGCAGAGCAUGUACAUGAGCGCUAUUAGCCAAGGAUCAGGCUCGAGGAGUUUCAUGCCUGCCAUGCCCGGGGCAUGGGAUUCAGAAUCGACUGUAUUUAGACCUAACCCUGUUCGAGAGGCGGCCAGUCGUGAGGAACAGGAGGAAUCAGUCUCCACACCAAAACUUAGUGGUCAACCAGGACCGUUCACACAGGCCCAGGAGCAGAUUAACCUUGAGGCACGGUCUGAAACGACUGAAAAGGGACUCGGCCAAUCGACUCCGGAGUUGACCAAGGUCACUGGCGUGGCGAAGAGGUUUUUCAGCGCUGAUCAGGUGUUGAUCUGGAUUCCGUCUGUUGAAAAAAGCACCGAGGGUGGAGAAGACACGCCAGCAGAGUCACGCAGAGACACCUACGAGGAUUUGGAAGAAUCCACGGCCGACUUGCGAGAGUCUAGAGUUGAAGAUGACCUUCUUACUUCGAGGAUCUAUGACUCUACGCGUCAUCGUCCGGGGACUUCGCGCCGCCCAGGGGAACCGUGUCCCGACUUACACGAUGAGCAUAAAACGAUCGCGGUCGAAGUUUUCUCCGUGGACUUGCAAUUCGACAUUGCUACUGGCUGGCUUCUCACCAAGAUGGGCCAAAAGGUCGUUCAGGCCUUUGCUAGUAGUGAAAAACAACCACAACCUCCUAAGAAAGGCCAUCAAUCAGAACAGCCACAGGGCAGACAAGCGAUCAACCUCUCUCUCAAGAAGUUGUCUAUCAAGUUCGUCGAGCAUUUGCACGGACACGCUUAUCCUGCUGAUGGCACUGGGUUGAACUCAUCGCAGUCAUUUGGUCCAUCCAUCGAAGAUAUCGUCCUGCAAGCUGCAGCAUCUGGCCUACAGGCUCGCUUCGCUAUGGAGAAAGACACCACAAACUUGCACCUCGACAUUUCCAAGUUCACGCUAGGUUUUGCUUCGGAUAGCCUGAUCUCGUUUGAUGAGAGCCUGAAGAUGCGAGAAUCCACACGAGAUAUUAUGGCGCCCACGCAUGGUGAAAUCUCUCUUUUUCUAAGCAAAUCUCCCGAUUCUGCAAGAAUCAAUUUGACCACGCUUCCGCUGCUGGUUAAUUUCAAUAUCCAACGCUUAGAGGAAGUCUUUGGUUUUUUGGGUGGUUUGAGUACGAUUUUAGAACUGGGAAGCUCUAUUUCGUCUGUCUCAACCGUGAAGGGUACUAAGCAAGAACCGCCACCACCCAAAAGGCCUCGUGGGGUGCAUUUCGAGACGGCGCCUCCGCCUGCCAGUGUGGAACCAGAUCACUCUACGCCCUGGAAGGUCAAUGCUCGCGUGGGUGGUAUUGUGCUAGAUGUUGUUGGAGAAAGCCAUUGUCUCAAACUAAGAUCCACGGCUCUCAAAAUGGUCAGCAGGUCCGAAGGCAUUGGGGUCCAAGUCGACAAAGCAAAGCUGAGCGGACCAUUCCUCAUUGAUGGCUCCCAGGAUGCACCUGCGAAGGUCAGCUUAACGAACAUCAGGGUCGAAUACUUAUUCACUCCGAAGGAAGUCGAUUUGGACCGUCUGCUGGCGCUGAUUACCCCAUCCAAGGACAAGUAUGAUGAGGAUGAUGAUAUUAUGUUGGAUACGUUAUUCCGACAACGACGACAGGGUUCUGUUCUUCGUGUGACGGUUGCCGAAAUGAAGACUGUCGUUUCUCAGAUCAAAGACCUCAACUCAAUUUCUCAACUCGGCAAUGAGUUGGGCAGGUUCUCGAGUAUGGCCAAGUACUUUCCAGAGGAUGACCGCCCAGGACUGUUUAUCCUUGCUCUGGUUAAGGAAGUCGAAAGCCAGGUACACGUUGGCGGCCAAGUCGGGGAUAUUUCCGCUCACCUCCGUAACGCCGAGGCUGCUUAUAUCAGUAUCCCUUCCCUGAUUUCUGCUCAGAUUGGGACAAUGGGAAUCAUCAGAAAUGGCGAAGAGGAGCUCCUUGGUGAAGCGUUGCCGUUGAGCAGGGGGAGCCAGGAUCACACAUUACUUCCUGUUCUAAUGGCUCGUUUUAUUGCAGAUGAGAUGGAACCUGCUGUCAAGAUCAAGCUGCAUAAUCUGCGGGCGGAGUAUACCAUUCCGUCUGUGAUGGCAUUCCUCGGGUUCAGCGAGGACAUGACACGGGGUGAUGUUGCUAGUAACAUGGCGAACUCACUGGCCAAUCUUGCAGAGGCACAGGAGUCUCAUCAUGCAUUUAACAAGUCUCCUAUAGGACCUGACAGUCCAAAAGGGCCUGUUAAGCCUACCAGGCUAGCACUUGAUUUGCGAGACUGCGUCAUUGGCCUCAAUCCUCGUAACACGCCAGCGAGGGGCUUGGUUGUGCUUACAAACGCCAAGUUUUCCGGCACCAUCCAUGGUCCCGAGUCCUCUGAUGCGACAUUAGAUCUCCGAAAGGCGUCGAUUAUGGUCAUUGAUGAUGUGCAGAAUGUGGGGUACACCGACAAUGUAUCCCGGGCUAGAUCUGCCGUUCCACAGAGCACCCAAGUCCGAUCCUUGAUCGAUAUGGGAUUUGUUCCUGUCUCAUCGAUCUCGUCAGCCACGGCUACCGUGAAGUUAUUGACCUCAGGCGACGACGGGACAAAAUCAAUCGACGUGGAGCUCAGAGAUGAUCUAUUGAUUCUUGAGACUUGUGCCGACUCGACACAGACCUUGAUAAGCAUCGCAAAUGGCCUUCAGCCCCCGAUACCUCAAACUGAGGCUGUUAAGUACCGGACAGAGGUCAUGCCAAUUCAGGACAUGUUGGCGUCAUUCUCAGGGGAUGCUUUUGAGACUGACACGAUAACUACUCGGCCGGAGGGUGUCUCUGAUCCUGUUCCUAUUGGGGAAGAUCACGGACGAGGGGAAAUAGAGGACGAGCUCGAAUACGUGAGCGAUUUCUACCCAGUCAAAUCGGGCUCUGAUACCGAUGAGUUUGCCGGCAUGACGGACUCGCCUACGGCCGCUUCCGACUCCGAAGAUCUUCUCGACAGUUUCCAUUCACAAUACGAGGUUUCGUCUAGUUUCUCUGAGCUUGAUUUCCAGAGCGACCAUUUUGCCAAGAAGUCCGCAGUUGGUGGUACGGCGCAUCGGUGGGACUCGACGCAAAAUACGUAUGGGCUUUCAAAUGACUCGAAGCUCCAGAGGAGUCCUCUGCGGGUUAAGGUCCGGGACGCUCAUGUUAUCUGGAACUUGUUUGACGGGUAUGAUUGGCAGCGGACGCGGGAUACGAUUUCCAAGGCCGUCAAGGAUGUGGAGAAGAAAGCGUCGGAAAGACGUGCUAGGACUGGUGGUAGUCGAGCGUCCCCUGCGCUCGAAGAAGAGGAAGAGUCGGUGAUUGGCGAUUGCCUUUUCAAUUCAAUUUAUAUUGGCAUCCCCGCGAACAAGGACCCGCGAGAUAUUCGUGGCGAUAUCAAUCGAAACAUCGAUGAUCUCGUCAGCGAAACGGGUAGUUAUGCAACGACAACGACUAUGACCGGGGCGACAGCGCGACAGAGCCGAUCACCCUCAAUACGAGGAAAGAAACUGCGUUUGUCUCGGAGCAAGUACCACAAGAUGACGUUUGAGUUGAAGGGUAUUUGCGCGGAUUUUGUUGUCUUCCCGCCCGAUUCAGAAGAGACGCAAAGCUCGUUGGACGUGCGUGUCAAUGACCUAACAAUCUUCGACCACGUUCCUACUUCGACAUGGAAGAAGUUUGCUACCUACAUGCACGAAGCUGGCGAGAAGGAAAGUGGGACAAGCAUGAUCCACUUGGAGAUCUUGACGGUCAAACCAGUUCCCGAGCUUUCUGCAUCGGAAAUCGUCUUGAAGGCUACUAUUCUCCCUCUUCGGCUGCACGUCGAUCAAGAUGCUUUGGACUUCUUGUGUCGGUUCUUCGAGUUCAGGGAUGAGUCUGCCGUCAGCACGCCGCCUGCUCCAGGCGAGGUCCCGUUCUUGCAGCGGGCAGAGGUCAAUUCUGUCCCUGUAAAACUGGAUUUUAAGCCAAAGAGAGUUGAUUAUGCCGGUCUGCGGUCUGGUCGGACAACUGAGUUCAUGAACUUCUUCGUCCUGGACGGCGCAGACAUGGUCCUCCGCCAUGUGAUCAUCUACGGGAUCUCUGGAUUUGAUAAGCUUGGACAAACGCUCAACGACAUCUGGAUGCCUGACGUCAAGAGGAACCAACUGCCCGGCGUCCUUGCCGGUCUUGCCCCGAUUCGCUCUCUCGUCAAUGUCGGUGGCGGCGUGAAGGAUCUCGUGGUGGUGCCUAUGCGCGAGUACCAGAAAGACGGGCGCAUUGUCCGCAGUAUCCAACGCGGUGCUAUCUCCUUCGCAAAGACUACAUCAAACGAACUCGUAAAACUUGGCGCUAAACUUGCCAUUGGCACUCAAACCGUCCUCCAAGGCGCAGAAGACCUCCUCUCCACCCAGAACGCUGCAGCCCAGCAACCAAUUCCUUCCGCGGCAGCAGGAUUAACAGAGGAAGACAUCCUCGAUGAAGAAGAAGCCAAGAAAAUCUCUCUCUACGCAGAUCAACCAGUAGGCGUAGUUCAAGGCCUCCGCGGCGCCUUCACCGGACUAGAGCGCGACCUAUUACUGGCUCGAGACGCUAUUGUCGCUGUCCCAGGUGAAGUCGUUGAAAGCGGGAGCGCGAAAGCCGCUGCGAGGGCUGUGUGGAAGCGUGCACCGACUGUUGUGCUUAGACCGGCUAUUGGGGUUUCGAAAGCUGUUGGGCAGACAUUGUUGGGAGCCGGGAAUACGUUGGAUCCGGCAAAUCGGCGGAGGAUGGAGGAUAAAUACAAACGCCAUUGA